CGCUACCGUACGAUACGUCUAUUAUUACUGUGCGGUGUUUGUGUUGAGAGUGUUUUUUUUCGCCCCAAAUCCGUCGGUCUCCACAGGCGCACGUAAAAAUCAAAAAAAUCGUAACGAAACGUCGCCGUUCCACGUUGUUUUGAAUUGGUUUUUCCUCUCUCACCGUUAUCAGUUCGUUGAUGGUAUUUCUCUAAGCGCAACCAAGUGUCGUCCACCCAUAGGAGAUGCUUGUCGGGGCGUUCAUCUUUACUCUAUUAGCUUUAUUUUGUUUCGGCGGUUCCUUUGGCGAAGAAAGUUAUCUAGGACAUGGGGACUUCUCGACGGGUGGAGAUCUGUCAUCUUAUCACCAUUCGGGAGGCCAUAACACCCACAGCGGCCAUGGACAUGGUGGGGGUGGUGGCGGAGGCGGUGGUGGCGGCGGCGGCGGUGGCCACGGAGGUGGUGAACACGUUCACAAGGGCGAAGUGAUACACAGGCACGUGCACGAGGGAAAAGUGGAACACAUCCACAAACACGUGGGCCACGCCGAGCACGACCACAAACACGCAGGGCACGCGCACCACGACCACAAGCAUACGGGCCACGCCGGCCACGACCACAAGCACCACGGUGCGGCUGAGCAUAAGCACUCGCAUUACGGCAAGGCCGAGCACGGUCAUAAACACGUGGGUUCUGGUGCACACUCGCACAAGCACAUCGGCGCCGCUGAACACUCGCACAAGCACCACGGACAGGCGGAACAUGCGCACAACCAUCACGGACAGGCGGAACACGCGCACAACCACGUGGCACACGCGGAACACGGGCACAAGCACACACUGCACGCUCAGCACGGUCACAAGCACCAAGGAUCCGCCGGCCACACGCACAAGCACCUCGGGCACGCCAAGCACUCGCACGCACACGGCGGACACGCAGACCACAACCACAAGCACCAUGGACAGGCCGAACACGCGCACGGGCACCACGGCAGCUUCGGGCACGGACACGAGCAUCAUGGCAAGUCCCAGCACACGCACGCCCACCACGCACAGGCAUCGCACGGCCACAAGCACUCGGGCCAUCACGCACACUCGCAUCACCACGGCGUCGACGGUCACGGAGGCGGCGGUGGAGGAGGUGGAGGCGGUCACGGUGGCCACGGUGGACACAUAGGGUAUCUGGUAAAGAGGAACGACGGCGUGGUGCCUGCGGAGGGACUGAGCAAGUACUAUAAGGCACCCGUUGUUGCCGCGCAGGAAACGUUGCCGUCGGCAGUCCCAAAACUCGAGGGCGUGCCGUUGGAAGACAUGUUCAGCAAGGUGGAGAUCGCUGAUUAUGGCGGCACAGCUGGCACGACCGAGUGAAGUUAGUGGAUUGAGUGAACGCGAUCAAUGAUUAACUUGACGCGAUCAAACUUGUUAUUCGUCUACGUUUGCCACAGUAUACCCAUUGUUAAAAUAAUACUAUAAUAACUAUAUACCAUAAGAAUGUUAUAAUUUUUUUUCUUACUUAUAAAUGUUAUUUUAUUUAUGUAUACUUUUUUUGUGUUAUUAACAUAUACAUUACUUAAAUAUAAUAUAAUAUAUUAUAUUAUUAUGUGUUGUUAAUAUUUAUCUUAUUAUAUAGGUAGUAAUAAUAAUAAUAUGUACAUGUUUGCAUCACAAAAGAAUAAUAAUAUUAUUAUAUGUUAUACAAUAUUUUGUAAUGUAAAUAAAAAUAACACGUUAUUAUA